AUGGCUGGCACCGUGCUCGGAGUGGGCACGGGUGUGUUCCUCUUGGCCUUGCUCUGGGUGUUAGUGCUGCUGCUGUGCGUGCUGCUGUCCCGAGCCUCCGGUGUAGCUAGGUUCUCCACCAUUUUUGUAUUCCUUGGAGCUCUGAUCAUCACUUCUGUUUUGUUGCUUUUCCCUCGAGCCAGUGAAUUCUCAAUCCCAGAGGAGGAAAUUAAGAUCGUGGACACCCUUUUCAUUGGCCGCUAUGUCUUGCUGGCUCUGCUCAGUGCCAUCUUCCUUGGCGGCCUCUUCCUGGUUCUAAUGCAUCACAUCCUGGAGCCUGUUUACGCCAAACCGCUCCGCUCCUCCUGA